GAGAAAGGAAAAGAAUUGGAGGGAAAGUAGAUGAGUGAGAGUGAUAUAGGAGAGAGAGAGAGACAAAGUCAUGGUGACUUUCCCUCCCUAAAGUCACCCAAACCCAACCCUUUUCUCAUCUCACUCACAACACAAUAAUUGUAACAAAACGACACCGUCACCACAUUCCAAAAACAAACCACAACGUUGUCUUCUCUCUCUCUCUCUCUCUCUCUCUCUCUCUCUCUACACCAACAAAAAUGAAGGACUCAUCAUCAUCAUCAUGUUUCACUGAUUCAUCUUCUUUUUCUGUUCCAAACACUUUUAUAGGAAUUGUUCUUCUCAACUCCAAGAUCAGAUCUUCAUCUUCUUGUAACAACAACACUCUUCUCUAUACUCGUUCUCAGCUUCUCAGAGACUUUGCAGCAAGAGAGUUCAAUGCUUUUUUGUGGAUUUUUCUUCUUGGUAUCACUUUUCUUUUGCUUAGAAGACUAUUCAAUGUCUUUGCUUUGUUGUAUAAAGCUAGAACUGUACCUGGUCCUCCUGCUUCAUCGUUUUUUGGACACUUCAAGCUUCUUUCCAAAGAAAAUUUCACUGAUGUGUUAUCGAAAUCCCACGAGAAGUAUGGACCAAUUGUUAAGCUGUGGUUAGGUCCUACUAAGCUUCUAGUAUCAGUUAAAGAUCCAGUGCUAAUUCAAGAGAUGCUCGUAAAAACCGAGGAUAAGUUGCCUUUCACUGGAAAAGCAUUCCACUUAGCCUUUGGCCAAUCAAGCCUUUUUUCACCUUCCUACGAAAAGGUUCAAAGGAGAAGGGAAUUAUUAGCAACAGAAUUGAACGAACGAUUGAUGAAAACAGCUGAUCUGAAUCCUUCAAAGGUUGCAGACUUUAUCGUAGAUCGAAUAGAAAACAUCAGAGUCAGAGGAAGCAUUAGUUGUGGAUUGGUUUCUCAGCAUAUGGCUUUCACAUUAAUGGCAACCUCGUUCUUCGGAGACGGCUUCUUGACAUGGCCGAAGGCUGCAAUAUACGAAGAACUGCUUAUGAUGAUUGCUAAAGAUGCUUGUUUUUGGGCCUCCUAUAAUGUUACUCCAUUUUGGAAACAGGGAUUUUGGAGGUAUCGACGCGCAUGUAAAAAGUUAAGAUGCUUAACUGAAGAGAUUCUUCAUAGCAGAAAGUGCUGCAAGAUCUUAGACCGUGUCGAUCAAAAUAUUCAUAGUGAGAGUUCCAACCCAGAAACAAAAUCCGCAUAUGAUCAGCAAACUUCUAAGGAAGAAUCUUACGGUAACAUCAUGCGUGUGACGCUUCAUGGAUCUCAAACUACAGCGGCUUUAAUCGCCAAUGUAUUGACUAAUCUUAUCAUGCAUCCGGAAAUACAGGAUAAGGUUUAUUCAGAGAUUAGCAUGGUUGGGAGAAACCCUUCAAAAUAUGAGCAUGAAGAUGUUUAUAGGAUGCCUUUGCUAUUGGCUACAAUUUACGAAUCUGCACGUCUUCUCCCCACUUGUUCCAUGCUUCAAAGGUGUUCUAUAAAACAAGACUUGAAAUUUGGAACUGGUGUAACCGUACCUGCUGGAGCUGUACUGGUUGUUCCAGUUCAAUUGGUACAGAAGGACGACUUCAAUUGGGGGAAAGACGCAAGUGAUUUUAAUCCGUACCGAUUUCUAUCAAACGUUACAGAAGGAUCAGGUUCUGAAGAACAACAUGAUUAUGGAAUCAGCUCGUUUGUACUAAACGAUCCAAGUGAAAAUGCAGCAUUUCUUCCUUUUGGAUCCGGUGCACGUUCUUGCGCUGGGCAGAAAUUUGUUAUUCAAGUCGUUGCCACAUUGUUGGCAUCAUUACUCAAGAAAUAUCAGAUAAGGUUCAACUCGGGCUCAAACGGUGACGACUCAGAACCAUUGAAAAAUCUUCUUCUUCACCAUCAUCCUAAUUCACAAAUUCUGUUUGUGAGAAGAGACCAGUGAAAGAAAAAGACAAGUAUACUCUAUGAAACACAGACACAGGAAACACGAUAUCGAUACUGACACGUCAUCUUUUUCCUUUUUUUUUCCAAAACGAAAGGGGAAGCUCGUCACGUUAUUAAUGGCUCACUGUGGUUAUAUGGGAGGAUACAACUUGUGUUUAUGCCCUCAAGUUUUUUUCCUUCCUAUUUUUAAUCAUUGCCCUAGUGUUGGCUUAAAGCCAUGGCACAUGUUUUUGUUGGUUUUUUAAGCACUCAGGGUAUAUAAAUUGCUGCUAGGAGCCAUAGGUUUUGCUUCCCCUUCUCUGGAUGAGGAGGAACUCUUUCUCUUUUGAUGUUCUAAACUUUUUUUUUACUUCGGUAAGAAGUUUAUUCUUGUGUUGUGUUGUAUCAUCUUGAUAUUAGAAUAAAUUGUAAUUGUAUGUAUAAUGGCACUGCUACAAAUGCAACAUUUGAGCAUGUCAAUGAAAUGAACCAAAUGCAAUGCUUCCUGAUUUUGUCAUUUAGGAAAGUGUGGAAGUGCCUUUAAAGUCAAAUAUUGUUGAAUGUGUAAUUGCUAAGUAAAUGGUUAGAUUGACCAUGAGUUUAGCAAAAUUGCUAAGUAAGUUGUUAGAUUGACUCAUGCUAGCUUGUAUCCUAAAUAUUUGUAAAUUAAUAUUAAUAUGUGUGAAAUUAGAAAGGAGAAUGUAAAUGUUCGGAAGUUCAAGGAGUGUCGGAAGUGUUAUUGGGCUAAACGUUCAACUACACGCUUAUGCUCUUAUUGAAACUAACUUACUCAUCUGAUAUCCCUUCUCUCCACCACGAAACUACCGCCAAGCUUAAGACCAUAGAUAGUCGAAAUGCGUAAAAACAAGUCAAAGGAAUUAUACUUAAUUAUAUUUGAAAAAAAGACCGUGAAUUCUCUUUCCCAUAUUGCCAUUGAUUAUGUUCGUAAGAGAGUUGAUGAAUGGAUGAUACAUUGUUGCUUUUGGUCUUUUUCUAUCUUCUUAGCUUCUGAACAAUUUCUAGGUAACAUGACCAUGUAGCCUUUUC